AUGAUCUCCCACUACCCUCUGGCAACCCUGCUGCCCUGGCCUGCGAGUCCCCAUAACCACUGUCCAGACCUGGAUUGCAGCUUACUGCUGGAGGGGGAAGGAGGUGUCGCUCUGCAGAGGUACCAGCCUCGCUACCCUGAGAGCAGCCCCCGCCACUGGAGCUCGGUGCAGGACUGGGGGGAGGAAGUCGAGGAAGGAGCCAUCUACAAUGUGACACUGAAGCGGGUUCAGAUUCAGCAGGCGGCCAACAAGGGAGCAAGAUGGCUCGGGGCGGAGGGGGAUCGUCUACCUCCCGGCCACACGGUGAGGCAGCUGGAGACCUGCAAAAUCCGAAGUAUCCGCGCUGGAACACUGGAGCGUCUGGUGGAGACGUUAUUGACAGCGUUUGGAGACAACGACCUCACCUACACCUCCAUCUUCUUGUCCACCUACAGAGCCUUUGCCAGCACGCAGACUGUACUACAGCUACUGCUGAACAGCUACGGAAGUGUGGAAGAAAAUGAGCCAGACACCGGAAGAUGCCGAAGCUCUGAAAACACCGGAGCCAUCAGAAAUGCCUUAGCCUCUAUCCUGCGUGCCUGGCUGGACCAGUGUCCGGAAGACUUCCAGGAGCCUCCUGAUUACCCAUGUCUCCACAGGCUGAUGGACUACCUCCGCAGGGCCCUUCCGGGCUCAGAGGCUCUUAGACGGGCAGAGGGUCUGCUGGAGCAGCUGCAGAGUCAGGCCAACAUGGAUGACACUGAUGCUGGUUUCCACGGCAACAGUUCUUUCUGUCUGGGGGAAGAGGAGGAAGUCGAGAUCGAGGUCCAGGAGGACUUCCUGUCGUUUGACGCCGACCUGGUGGCUGAGCAGCUGACCUACAUGGAUGCGCUGCUGUUUAAAAAGGUUGUACCCCACCACUGCCUGGGCUCCAUCUGGUCCCAGAGGGAUAAGAAGCACAACAAGCACAGCGCCCCAACCAUUCGGGCCACUAUUACCCAGUUUAACGCUGUGGCGGCUUGCGUGGUCAGCACAGUGUUGAAGCACAAACAGAUCAGACCACAUGUCCGAGCGCGGGUCAUCCAGCGCUGGAUAGACAUCGCUCAGGAGUGUCGAAUACGCAAAAACUUCUCAUCUCUGCGAGCUAUCGUAUCCGCGCUGCAGUCCAACCCGCUGUACAGACUGAAAAGAGCAUGGGCCUGUGUGCACAAAGACAGCAUGCAGACAUUCGAGGAGCUGUCUGACAUUUUCUCCGAUCAUAACAACUACCUGACCAGCAGAGAGCUUCUCAUGAGGGAAGGCACUUCAAAGUUUGCCAGUCUGGAGAGUUGUGCCAAGGAGCACCAGAAACGCACCCACAAGAGACUACAGCUGCAGAGGGAAAUGGGAGCAAUGCAAGGAACGAUACCAUACUUGGGGACUUUUCUAACGGACCUAACCAUGUUGGAUACGGCACUGCCUGACUUAGUAGAGGGUGGUCUGAUCAACUUUGAGAAGAGACGCAGGGAGUUUGAGGUGAUAGCCCAGAUCAAGCUGCUGCAGUCGGCCUGUAACAGCUACUGUCUGACUCCGGAGGCGACUUUCCUUCGCUGGUUUAAGAGCCAAAUUCAACUCAGCGAGGAGGAAAGCUAUGCCUUGUCAUGUGAGAUCGAAGGUCUUGGUGACAGCAGUCCAACCUCACCCAAACCUCGGAAAAGCAUGGUGAAGAGACUCAGCUUGCUGUUUCUUGGAACAGACAGUAAUGCAGCCAGUUCUCCGGUCAGAGAGAUGCCACGCUCGCCUCCUACUGGCAGCUCAGGGGAGAGCAUGGACUCCGUCAGCGUGUCCUCCAGUGACUCCAGCAGCCCGUCAGACAGCGAGGGCCUCACCCCGACACACACCUCCGACUCCCAGCAGAACAAGCUAUCAGAAUCCUCGUCUUGUACUUCACUCCACUCCAUGGACACCAGCUCGUCGACAGCCAGUGUCUCCAUGACUCCUGCAUCUCCCUCACUCCCCGGGCCCCCUUGCACCCACAGACGCUGUGUCUCCCUCACACCUUUGACCCCCACCUCCCCGAGCCAAACCCCAGCAUAUAACACCCAGGCCCAAGAUGCGUGCAUCAUAAGAGUCAGUCUGGAGCAGGGAAACGGGAAUCUCUACAAGAGCAUACUGUUAACCAAUCAAGACAAGACUCCAGCUGUAGUUUCUAGAGCCAUGGCGAAGCACAACCUGGAGGUAGAGCCAGAGGAAGGAUACGAGCUGGUACAAGUCAUCUCUGAGGACAGAGAACUGGUGAUCCCAGACAACGCCAACGUCUUCUACGCCAUGAACACCUCAGCUAAUUUUGACUUCCUGCUGCGGGAGCGAGGCUCGUCGGGUCGGACAGUCCAGCUGCGAAGCCGGUGUAGCUCCACGCUUCCUCGUACCCAGCACCGUUCAAGCCUGUCGCUUAGACUCAGCAAGGUCACACUGUGACCCUGGACUGCGGGGACCCAGCUGUUAGCCCUCACACCACUAAUUCAGAACAAUACCGGGCAUGGACUUGGAUGUGAAAUGAUGAAGAGGCUGGAUGGAUAAAUGGAUGAGGACCUCUGGUGGGACUGCUAGAGACUCUUUUAGGAGCUCCCCUUUGACUCUUUAUCUCACCAGUUGAGUCUCAUCCUGAACUAUGCCACCCUUUCUUGCCCUUCUCGCCUUCUUUGCCCAGCCUUAAUACGGAACACGGAUGUGUAGCGUGACUGCUGUGCCAGUAGGACUUGACUUUUGACUGGUGACGCCUGUGACAGAGUGAAACAGCGACCCCAAGUGGCAUCCACUCUUUACAGCAACAGGUUUUUGCACAUGUUAUGGGAGCAGCCAAACUCCUGACCUCCAACAGUAUUCUGAUAUUAUAAAUGAACUUCUUUUUUUGUCCUGUGAUGUCUGUGUAGCUGAAUAUUUGCUUUUCUGCUAAUAGAAGUGUGAUGAAUGCAGAAAGAGAAGAUUGACGGUGGAAUGGAAGGAGAAGCGGACCGAGUGUCAAGUCCUGUUGCCUUUUUAAUCGAUGAAUGAAUGGACCUCUGACGGCAUCCUGAAUGAUAUUGAUUCAUUAAUUGACAGGAGCUGUGACGUCAUUAUUUCCCCUCGUCAGGCACACUUAUCUCCCGUGUCCACCUCGUGCACAGUGUGCACCGCGUGUUCAAGCCCCUCUCAUGUUAUGAGCUGUGUGACGAAUGCAGCGUUACGUGCAUUCUGAUUGGUUCCAUUACUUGGUUUUAACAAGUCCUUGGCGAAUAUUAAAAAAUGGCCUUACCUGCCCUAUCUUUAGGGUGUAGAGAUGAAAUGAAAUGUGCUGCUUUCUAAUGCAGGAAGACAUGCCCUCACAUCUUCAGUUUGACAAAGAAAAAGAAGAGAAGAGAUAAGAACAGAGAGGAAGGAGGGAUGUGACUUCCUGAAAUGGAAAACACCAUGAGAAGUGUCUCAAACUGAUGCAUACUUGUACCUCUUUGCCCUUCAUUAUAUGAACUAUAGAGUUGCACUUGUCAGUUGGUAGGAGAUGCCAAUGGGAUGUGAAUACAGAAGAACGAGAGAAGCCGCUCUGUAAGUGGUUUUCUCCUCUCUUCGCUAAAUGAAUUACUAUUUUUUUGUUUGUAAUUGUUGCUUUUUUAUAUGUUUUUGUAACAAAAUUCAGGCCAGAAAUGUACGCCAGACUGAAGAGCGAUGGAGGACCUUUAAAAGUAAAUGUUAACAAAUCCAUGAGUGUCAUAAAAAGAAAAGAAAAGCCGGUGCCAGAUUUUUUAAUUUUAUUUACUGUGACACAUUUGGAAAUCUUUACUGACGCGACACUUCACUACACACACACACACACACACACACAAAAGGCAAACACCUCUUCGCACGGUAAACACACCAGUCUGUCUCGUGGAAACACUCCUCAUUUCUAGCACCAGUUUCUCAGCAACACUUAUCACCUGUCACAUAAAAGCCACACAUUUGCAGAUAAACACUCACGGAGUUAUUUUGUUGUUGUUGUUUUAGUUAUAGUCCACUCUUGCAGGUCUGUUGUGCUGCGAUCCAAUGUUUGUGCAACCAGUUAAUGUCCCUUGCUUAACAUUACAUCCUCCCCUGGGUGAACUGGUUCACUGUUGGACAGGUGUCAAUGGCCCGAUCAUUUAUCUCCACGCAGCACUUCACUUUGAAAUGUUCUCAUUAAAUCACCCUCAGUUCCUGUGUUCUUCACUGCCAAAGACUCUUCCUCUACCUGAAUAAAUAAAUUAUUAUCAUUAUUAU